AUGGAAGUCCAGCUUUACGUCUAUGAUCUCAGCAAUGGAAUCGUACGUCAUUUCUCACACGCCUUUAUUGGGACCCAAAUAGAUGCUGUCUACCAUACCUCAAUAGUCUUGGAAGGUAUCGAGUACGCCUACGAUGGAGGAAUUCGAACCGCAGACCCAGGACGGACUCAUCUGGGCCCGCCAAUGCAGAUUCUGGACCUGGGCACCACCAACCUCCCUAUGGAUGUGAUAAUGGAGUAUCUGGAGUCCUUGAGGGACAUCUUUACGGCGGAGGCUUAUGAUCUCUGGUCACAUAAUUGCAACAACUUCAGCAAUGACUUUGCCACUUUCCUCUUGGGUCAAGGAAUCCCCGAGCAUAUCACAAACCUUCCGCAGUCCGUCCUUAAUACUCCUCUGGGACGAGCCUUGGUACCACAGAUCAACCAAAUGGCAGCACGCAGGCAAGGGCCGAACGGUGGACUUUUGGGCAUCAAAGACACAGUGGAACCCCCAAAGACUGGGCAACAACGAGCCUUGACUGUGAGGGAAGUAGCUGGGAUGGCCACUCUCGAUAAACUGCUCGAGGAGGCCAGUACAUCUUGCGCUAUUAUCUUCUUUACUUCGAAGAGCUGCGCUCCAUGCAUAAAGCUGUACCCUGUGUACCACGAACUAGCAAUCCAAGCAGCACACAAAGCCAUUUUGAUCAAAGUCGACAUCUCAAGAGCCUAUGACAUUGCAAACAAAUACGGCAUUAGAUCAACGCCUACGUUCAUGACGUUUCUGCACGGCAAGGAGGAGAAUCGGUGGUCUGGGUCUGACCCGGCUACGCUCAGAGGCAAUGUCAACAUGCUGAUGCAAAUGGCAUGGCCUGCACAUCCUCACGAGUCUCUCCGUCUACCAGCUUUACGCUGUGCUAAUUUGGAGCCAAUCUUGUACAACAAACUGCCUCCGUUAGAUAAGCUCAAGGCAAAGAUGGGCCCAUCUGCAGAAGACCCGGCAAUAGCCAGUGUCGUGCACUUCGUAGCUGCCCGCGCAGAACACGGCGCAGCAGAAGUCACCCUCCCUGACCUCGAUGCCUUCAGUCGCUCCCUUCGGCAUGUCUCUUUAACCCUGCCUCCCGCUACUAUGUUCGCUCUUGUAGACCUCGUCCGCGUCGCUCUCGUUGAUCCUCGCCUAUCCGGGUACUACGCCGAAGAAAAAAAGCAUAUCACUAUCGCACCCCUCAUCUCCCAUGUCAAUGCCCUUCCAUCCAAAGAUUGCCCCUAUUCCCUCCGCCUCGUCGCCCUCCAGAUGUCCUGCAACCUAUUCACCAGCCCGCUCUACCCAACUCACAUCCUCAACUGCAGCACGCUCACCAAUCCUCUCGUCACACUGAUAACAACCAGUUUGCUCGACGACACACACCACAUCGUGCGCGUCGCAGCCGCCUCUCUCGCCUUCAAUAUAGCCACCGCAAACUCCAAGCUCCGUCUCGAAGAGCACUUGGAAUCCCUUCCUGAAGGCGACCAAGUCGAGCUCGGGGCUAGUCUGCUGGAAGCCAUCAGCGUAGAAGAAGAUAGUGCAGAGGCGCUGAAGGGGCUCCUGCUCGCGUUUGGGUACUUGGUGUAUUGUGCACCAAAGGGGGGCGAGCUGGUUGAUUUACUGAAGGCCAUGGAUGCAAAGGGAACGGUGCUUGGGAAGGCGAAGAGAUUUCCUGAGGAGGCGCUGGUGGGAGAUAUUGGAAAUGUUCUGUUGGGUCAAGGGUUAGAGUGA